AUGUCCGCCUCAUACUACGCUGCGUCAUUGUACGCGUACGUUUAUAUUUAUUCUUACUUCGAAAUCUCGCCCGGAGACCCAAUUUCUGUUCCCGUCCCACCUUUUCUUGCCGUGAUCAUAAUGAAAAAUGAGCUCUGGGCGCAAAUAAAGUCGGCUACGCUGGUAUCUCAGCUGUGGAUUGGCGAUGGCGUGAUGGUUUGGAACAACGACAAACGUGUCUGUGUACCUAUUUCCGUCGGCUUUCUUGCAAGUAUUGCUUCGGGGAUCAUUAUAGUCUACACAGAGGCCAUGAGCGCCCUUGUGCUGGAAGGAAAGAUCGGCUGGAAUCCGUAUCAACUCCAAAGUUGGUACGCAAACUUGGCUAUUUUAUCGGCAUUCUGUUUAUCCGGCUCACACGUUACACACGCAAGUGAUGAUCUCCUUCAGAGUGUUUUAUAUAUGCCGACAAGUAAACAGCUUAUUAGCCAUGCUGCAAUCACUUUCUCCAUCAUCGGCAUUAGAAUGGGUCUCGGAACAUCAGUAGAGAAGUAUUUACAAGAUAACAAGACAAUGGGCACUCUCGGUCCUGCGAAAGCGCGUGGAGAAACGGCAAACUCUGCAAUGGUUUUUGCGCAGCGACCGGUGACAGUGUCUGACGGGCUGGAAACAGUAUCGGAACCAUCCGACGUUUGA